UUUAUGUCAUCAAAUCGUGUACCCAUGAUCGCGUGACACUUAAGCGUCCCUUAGUAAAAUUAAAGGAGAGGUCCCGCUUGCUUUAUUUGUCCACGUUCUUUUUACAUGCAAGGAUAACAAGUUUGUCUCUUUUCUUUUUUAGGCUCUCUUUAAUUUCUGCUAGAAUUCUCCCAAAGCUAAAGGCAAAUGCUUCUUCCAUAAAACACCGACGAGAUUUUCACGCAUCAUUGUAGGUGGCGGUAGCGGUAGCGUGAAUCUAGUUCUCUUCAGGGUUCUCCCACUAGGAAAAUACAUUCACCGUGUUCUGUUUACAGUAUUACGGUCGCGUCCAUCAUCGUCGUUAGGUAUACCCGUUUCCCCGCUCCUUCCGUUCAGUAUUAUUAUGUUCAGCACGAUUUAUUGGUGAUGUCCGUAAGCGUGGUGCGUUCCGGUGUUUUAGAAGGUUGCUUCGCGUGACGAUUAAUCUUAAAAGUGGCGGUCGCCGCAAGAAGACGCAGAUAUGAUUCCGUGUUACGCGACGGUUUAUGCUCUUUUGGUAGCCGUGCUCGGUGUCAGUGCUCUUCACGCGAAAGAUCCCUUGGCCCAUCACGGAAGAUGCGAACCGAUCACCAUCAAUUUGUGUAUGAAUAUACCGUACAACGAGACGAUCAUGCCGAACCUGAUGAACCAUCAAAAGCAAGAGGACGCCGGCCAAGAGGUGCAUCAGUUCGCGCCCCUGGUCAAGAUGAAAUGCAGCCCCGACCUUCGUUUCUUCCUAUGCACAGUUUACGCGCCUGUAUGCACCAUCAUCGACAGAGCGAUACCCCCGUGCAGAUCGUUAUGCGAAAGUGCUCGUGCAGGAUGCGAACGUUUGAUGAAUAGUUUCGGCUUUGCUUGGCCGGAAAAUCUCGAUUGUUCGAAGCUACCCGAAAACGGUGGACCGGAACUUUGCGUCGGUCAUAACGAGACCACACCACCGGAACCAUCGCCGCCGGUUUACCCUCCACCACGUAUGCCGGUAGCCGAAUUUCAACCAUCCUGGACAGGAGGCCCAAAACCUUAUGGCAGCGGUUUCACGCUCGGCGCAAGGGACUUUGGUUUCGUUUGCCCUAUGCAGUUCAAGGUUCCUCAAAAACUCGGCUAUUCGUUGAAGGUCGGCGAUAAAGUCGAGCCUGAUUGCGGCGCACCUUGCGAUGGAAUGUUUUUCACCGAACGAGAACGACGAUUUUCGAGGGUUUGGGUCGGUACAUGGGCAUCUGUUUGUGCAGCUUCUUGUUUCUUUACCUUCCUGACGUUUCUCAUUGACACUGAUAGAUUCAGGUAUCCAGAGAGACCAAUCAUCUUUUUGUCUGUGUGCUACCUGAUGGUAGCAUUAGCCUAUGUGAUCGGUUGGGCUGCUGGUAAUUCUAUCGCGUGCAGAGAACCGUUCCCACCUCCUUUAGAUAUGAGAAUUCAAAUGGCAUCAACUAUAACUCAGGGCACCAAGUAUGAACUGUGCACAGUACUGUUCAUGGUACUUUACUUCUUUGGAAUGGCAUCCAGUAUAUGGUGGGUGAUCUUAACCCUGACAUGGUUCCUGGCAGCUGGACUAAAAUGGGGCCACGAAGCAAUCGAAGCCAACUCGCAAUAUUUUCAUUUAGCAGCUUGGGCUGCACCGGCAAUAAAAACGGUUACGAUUCUCGCAAUGGGAAAGGUAGAAGGUGAUAUACUGUCCGGUGUUUGCUACGUCGGACUUUGGAACGUCGAAGCUCUACGUGGAUUCGUUCUGGCACCAUUAUGCGUCUAUCUUAUCCUUGGAACUGCCUUUUUAUUAGCCGGCUUUGUUUCCCUCUUCCGGAUACGUACAGUUAUGAAACACGAUGGUACAAAGACUGACAAACUAGAGAAAUUAAUGAUUCGUAUCGGCAUAUUUUCUGUACUAUAUAUAGUUCCUGCAUUAAUUGUCAUUGCUUGUUUAUUUUACGAGCAAGCAUAUUUUGAUCAAUGGAUGUUGACCUGGAAUAUGGAGAUGUGCUCGAGGCCGGGACCACAAUCUUUGUAUUCCAUGCCGUGUCCCGUUGGCGAGCGUACCCGCGAUGUCGGUAGGAGACCAGAGUUCGAGGUAUUCAUGAUAAAAUAUUUAAUGGCUAUGAUUGUUGGUAUCACAAGCAGCUUUUGGGUAUGGUCAAGUAAAACGUUAACCAGUUGGCGGCAGUUCUUUCAUCAUAUACAAGGACGACGCGCCGAAGCGUAUGUUUAAAGACUUUUAAUUCUAUCAAAGUAAAAGAUCUGCCUUUUUCAAUCGCAUACAAGGACAACGCGAUAAUGCGUAUGUUUAAAGACUUAAUUCUAUACAUAAAAAGAGAUUAGCCUUUUUUAAUCACUAUAUCUAAUCAUUAACUAAUCGCGUGCUCAAAUAAAAAGUAAUUAAAUUGACAAGGAAAGUACGUAUUUUAUUGCUGGUAAUUAAAAUGUCCAAUCUAUAUGAAACAAAAAUAUAUCUAGAUUUCAUUUAUUCUAAGAUCUGAAUACAGAGACGCGUAUUUCAAUGUAAUUUUUAUAUAUUACCAGUGCAUUGUAAAGAGCAAUGAGGAUUAUAUAAAAUGUACUGUGCCAAAAUAUUUUUUUACCGAUUGUAUGUUUGUUUAAGCUACUUGUGAAUUCUUUUUGUUGUAUUUUUAUAAAAGUUGCAUAAGGACUGUAUAAAAUGUUAGAGAACUAAUCGUCGCAUUAGUUUGCAAGUAUUAUUAGACGAUGUUUAAAUCAUACUUUUAAGUAUUAAAAACCUUUUCAUUUAUACAUUAACAGAAUCCAUAACUAAUAUCUUAUCAUUUAAGUUAUAAAUGCUCAAACUGUUUGCAGACGAUGUGUUCAGUGUUUAUAAGUGUACUAUCCUGCCAUGCACAAAACAGUGAGUACUAUUUGUAUGUUUGAUCGUAGUUUCAAACCUGUUUCACUUUUGGGUUUGAUAAAUGAAGAACAAUUACGCUUACUAAUCUCGCGAACAAUUUUUAUAUUUUUUACAAAACAAUUUUAGAAAUAUUUUAUGAUAUUCAAUUAUGUAAUCCUUUAAGAACGCUGAAAAUCUUUUUUCUUUUCAAUCCACUAGAAAUCUUCCCAUGUUUUUCUUCUUUUUUUUUAAAAUAAACUUUUUGAAUCUAGCCUUUGCAGGAUACAAUUGAAGGCAAACGUAUCUUCGAAAGAUGUAAAAUUAAAUUGUAAGACAUAUUACUGCCCUAGGUAAACUAAAUUGUAUAUACCUACAUCUAUUAAUUUUACUAUGUACUAUAAUAUAUUUUUUAAAAAAGUUAUGUACAUAUACAUGUCCGCCAAUUAAAUGGCAUUUUCGUAUGUUUCCUAUGCGUAAUCAAAUUAAAUGGAUAACUCGAUUAAUAUGGGUCACUUGAAUUCGAAAAUAAACUCGGUAAUUACUUCUCAACCGAGUGCGGUCGUUGUUCCAAUAUAAUUAAAUUCGUCCAUUGAAACUGUCGAGCUUUUGUGUAUGUCAUGUAUUUACGGCAACUAAUAAGAAGGCAAACAGCAAAAGUAAAGAGAGUCAAAACUACUAUAAUUGAAACAGCCGUACUUACAUUGUAGUAGAUGCGCAAAAAAUAUAUAUAAAAUAUACGUGACGUUGUGUAAAGUAAUUAUAACUAUUAUAUUCUUUAUAAUAAUAAACCAAAAUAUAUAUAUAUACACAAA